GCGGCCAGUGGGACUGGGGCUUCUCCCGAGGGCGGGGAGAUCAGCAGCUCCGAUCUUGGGGUUACCGUCUUGGCGAACCCCAACUUCCUAUACCCCCCGGAACGGUUCCUGAGACUGUCGUCUCCGGGGAGGAGGAAUCCAUUCUAGGGACUGAGGGCCGCCAAGUCCUGGUCGCCCCCUCCUGCGUCUUGGCGCCUCCCCAGCUCCUGCUCCCGGCCCGCCGGGGUCCAUCCGGAGCCUCCGGCAGCCUGAGGACCGCGGUCUGGGCAGGACACUGGGUUCUCUAGAAGCUGCCCCAGGCUUAAUGAUUGUCCAGAAGGUGGCUAUAAAGGGAGCCUGGGAGGCCGGGUGGAGGAAGGAGCAGAAAAGACCUAACUCAGCAGAUCUGCGCCGUGCAAGAACUGCAAACAGGAGCUGUGUUCAGAGUCUCAGUGUCCUGGCCAGUGGCGCCUGCUCUUUCACACCAUGGCGGCCCAGGGCUAUGGCUACUACCGCACUGUGAUCUUCUCAGCCAUGUUUGGAGGCUACAGCUUAUACUACUUCAACCGCAAGACCUUCUCUUUUGUCAUGACUUCCUUGGUGGAGGAAAUCUCUCUGGAUAAGGAUGACUUGGGGCUCAUCACCAGCAGCCAGUCAGCAGCCUAUGCCAUCAGCAAGUUUGUGAGUGGGGUGCUGUCUGACCAGAUGAGCGCGCGCUGGCUCUUCUCGUCUGGGCUGCUCCUGGUUGGCCUCGUCAACAUUGUCUUCUCCUGGAGCUCCACAGUGCCCAUCUUCGCUGCUCUCUGGUUCCUCAAUGGCCUGGCACAGGGGCUGGGCUGGCCCCCCUGUGGGAAGAUCCUGCGGAAGUGGUUUGAACCAUCUCAGUUUGGCACCUGGUGGGCCAUCCUGUCCACCAGCAUGAACCUGGCUGGAGGGCUGGGCCCCAUCCUGGCAACCAUCCUUGCUCAGAGCUACAGCUGGCGCAGCACACUGGCCAUGUCUGGCGCCCUUUGUGUGGUGGUCUCCUUCCUCUGCCUCCUGCUCAUCCACAAUGAACCUGCUGAUGUUGGACUCCGCAACCUGGACCCCAUGCCCUCCAAGGGCAAGAAGGGCUCUGCGAAGGAGGAAAGUACCUUACAAGAGUUGCUGCUGUCCCCCUACCUGUGGGUCCUCUCCAUUGGCUACCUGGUGGUGUUUGGUGUAAAGACCUGCUGUACUGACUGGGGCCAGUUCUUCCUUAUCCAGGAAAAAGGACAGUCUGCCCUCGUGGGUAGCUCCUACAUGAGUGCUUUGGAGAUUGGGGGCCUUAUAGGCAGUAUCGCAGCUGGCUACCUGUCAGAUCGAGCCAUGGCAAAGGCAGGGCUGUCCACCUAUGGGAGCCCUCGCCAUGGUCUGCUGCUUUUCAUGAUGGCUGGCAUGACAGUGUCCAUGUACCUCUUCCGGGUGACUGUGAGCAGUGACUCCCCUAAGGACGUUGCUUUCUGGACUCCAGCUCUUCACCCUCUCGCUGAGCUCACAGGCUUUACGGAGCAUGAGCUCUGGAUCCUGGUGUUGGGAGCCGUGUUUGGUUUCUCUUCUUAUGGCCCCAUUGCCUUGUUUGGAGUUAUAGCCAACGAGAGUGCACCUUCCAACUUAUGUGGUACCUCCCAUGCUAUCGUGGGGCUCAUGGCCAAUGUGGGCGGCUUUCUGGCAGGGUUGCCCUUCAGUACCAUUGCCAAGCACUACAGCUGGAGCACAGCCUUCUGGGUGGCUGAAGUGAUCUGUGCAGCCAGCACAGCUGCCUUCUUUCUCUUGAGAAACAUCCGUACCAAGAUGGGCCGAGUGCCCAAGAAGGCUGAGUGAAGAGACAGCAGGUUCUGGAACAUCAUCUCCUACCUGUGGCCUUCCCCUGCAGGGUGUGGGGGGAGAGGGCAAGAGGGCAGGGGCUGCUCUGGCUAGCACUGAACCUUUGACUUCCUUUUCCCUCGACGAGGUGGUACUGGGAGUUAUCAGUGGCUAAUGAGGUCCCAGCUCCGAAUCCUUUGCUCUAUUUUAAAAGACAACCUUUGUCUUCAGAAUCCAUUAACUCCUACUCUCUGUCUUUGCACAGACGGGGAACAUUUGUAGUCAGGGAGUCAGUCUCCACUACCCUUCUUCCUCUCCUGGGCCCUGCUCUAGCCCAUCCUAUUCCCACCAGAUGUGAGGCUCAUCCUUUAUCUGCAGGGCACCAGUGGCCAAUGACCAUCAGGAGACAUCUGCUAUUGCCAAUCCCCAAAUUCUAGGGAAAGAGAGGCCAUCACACUAAUACCCUGGAGACAGUAGUAGGGUAUGGUGCCAGGGUAGGAAGACUCGUUGUAGCAGAUUAAAACUAGAUUUGAUACUAAAAA